UCUAGUGUUUACCGAAUUUGGCCAAGGAAAUGACUUCCGGCCUAGUCCCGAAUUUCCCAUUUUGUUCCUCCUCGGAGGUUCGUUCUCUAAGCAAUUACACCUUCAAGAAUCACCCACGUCUCCGUCUCACAAACCCAUCUUCUCUCCAACUCCAUCCUUAUCGAGUCUCACCUCAAGCCAAAGCUACUUCGGCAGCCAUGGAAGUUUCCGAGGAAAUUGCCACCACCAGUGACUCUUCCCCACCGAUAAAGCUCUUGUUCGUGGAGAUGGGCGUGGGUUACGAUCAACAUGGGCAAGACAUUACGGCCGCGGCUAUGCGGGCGUGCAGGGAUGCCAUCUCUUCCAACUCGAUUCCUGCCUUCCGAAGAGGGAACAUACCAGGUGUUACAUCUGAUCAGAUGAAACUACAGAUCAAGCUGGGAGUCCCUAAUUCUCUCCAGCAAUCCUUGGAUAUUGAGAGGGUCAAGUCCGUCUUUCCUUAUGGGAAAAUUGUGAAAUUUGAAGUUGUGGAUGGUGGACUUAUAUGCUCAAGUGGUGUUCUUGUGGAAGAAAUGGGCGACAAGAACGAUGAUUGUUACAUAGUGAAUGCUGCUGUAUAUGUCGGCUACUAGUUUCUUGUUUCCUCUGUUUCCUCUUUGAAGUGUCCGAAGGGCUCCAUGGAAAGUGGUGCUUCACGAAACCAACCAGGAGAGCUAUGUGGAGCUGCCUCUCCGUCCUGCUGCGGUUUUGUCAGUGAUUUUUUUUUGCUUUCUGAACUUGGGUUUUUAAUGCCUCACCUUAUUGCUGUUAUAAGAAGCACUACUUGUAUUGUCAAGUGGGAACACUUUUAGUUUGAAGAAAUGAUAGUACUUUUGUUUGGCAUCUUGAUGAUUAUAAAAUCACAAAAUUGCUAGA